GCUGCGCGACGCGCGAUGGACACCAGCUCCAGCGAUUCUGAUCAAUCCGAUAGCAGCUAUGGGAGCGAGGAUUGGGAGAGCACCAGGUAUGAGAGCGAGGAUGUCGAGACAGGCAGCGCCAGCGCGAGCAGCAGCGAUCAAGAAGAGAAGAAAUACGAGUGCCGUGAGUGUGGAAAGAAGCUGGGGAAGCCUUCCUUGCUCAGGCAGCACCUCCUCUGUCACUCGAACGAGAGGAAAUUUUGCUGCCCUGUCGAUUCUUGCGGCGCCAAAUACAAGUGGGAGAAUCACCUCAAGCGUCACAUAAAUGACAAACACGAUGGAAAGGUCCAUGCCUGCUCGCGGCCGGGAUGCAUUUUCACCACCAGGAUUUUACACGACUUAAAGCGACACACGAAGCUUCACGAAAAGAAAGGAACGCUCCAGCGCCACCGAGACAAAGGCUUGGAGGAAGCAAAGGAGCACGCUUGCAAGGAGGAGAAAUGUGGCAAAGCUUUCCGGUAUCCAUCACAGCUUCGGUAUCAUGAGGAGACAUGCCAUGCAGGAGAAAUCUACGUUGAUAUAGUCUGUUCCGAGCCGGGUUGCAACGAGCGUUUUGAUCACCCUUCGGACUUGGCCGAGCACACAAGGAACGCUCACAAGUACGUGUUCUGCGAAGUGUGUGGCAAGCAGUGCAUGCGGUCGAAAAUCAAGAGGCACUAUGCGACUCAUGACAAAGCGGGACUCUUGAAUCGGGAGCGUAUAAAAUGUCCCUAUCCGGACUGCCCGCUCACCUAUCUACAGGAAAAUAACCUUCGAAAGCAUAUCAAGGUUGCCCACCUGAAAUUCAGACCGUAUCCAUGUUCCAACCCAGAGUGCGGAAAGUCCUUUGCUUACAGGCACGUCAGAGAUAACCACGAGAAAUCAGUUCACCUUCCCGUACGUGAAACUCCUCCCCAUUCCUCUCGCAAAUCCCUCAUUUCCGCAUCGGUUUGACUGUCUCCAGGGCGAUUUCGUAGCGGAGGAUCUCCGGAAGAAGCCGAAGGCGAGCAGUAAAAAGCGAAAGAUUGUAGAGCGCGUGGAGGAUAUUUUUACGA